AUGUCAGAGCUUGAAUUAUUAACGGUUGGAUCCAAUCCAAAUCUUAUGUUUUAUGCAUGGAGAUUACAAGAAACAAAAUCAUGUAAAUCAACAGUUGUUAAUUCAACUAUUGAUUUGAAUAAUCCGAAUAUUGAAUGGAAAUCAAAUAAAUUGGCCUCCACCAGCUUUAGACCAUCCAAAUGUUAUAAUUCAAUCAAUGAAAUUGAAGAAAAUUCCAAUAAAUUUGAUAUCAUAAUAAUUAACGUUUCUAAUUUACAAGAUUUUCAGAUUGUUUGUAAUAGUUUACUACCUUUUAUUACCGAUGAUUCGAUCAUUAUAAUUGAAUCAACCGGUUAUAUAAAUUUAGAACCGUUUGUUCAAUUAAGUUUCCCCAAAUUUAAAAAUUUAUCAAUUUGUUCAAUAAUGAAUGAACUGGAUAUAAAACAGUUAAGUUCGAAUUCAUUUCAACAUUUAAUCAAUAACAAUGAUCAAAGAAUUUAUUUGGGGACAACCACUAAUCCUCAAAUCAAUACUUCGUCAAGUUUCACGAGAUUUUAUAAAUUAUUAACUUUAGUCCUGGAAGACUCAAAUAAGAUUAUCAAUUUAUUAAAAUCAACCCAGCCAAAGGAAUUCAUGACUUAUCAAUGGAAAUUGGCGUUGCCUAGAAUUGUUUUCAAUCCUUUACAAAUCGUUUUUGAAGAAGAAUUCCCGGGAAAUUUAUCGAAUCAAAUCUUAUGUAAACCUUUAAUCACGGGGAUUAUCAAUGAAAUUUUUAAAAUUAUUAAAAAAAUGGAUUGCAAAUUAGUUAAAGGCUCAGAAAAUGAAAAUAAUUUAUUGAAAAAUUGGUCAAAUAACUAUCCAAUCUUGAAAAAUAAUGACUCCUUUUUAAAUUCUUCUACAUUAUUUUAUAAUUUUUAUAAACAAUAUGAUUUGGAAAUUGAUCUUUUAUUAUUACAGCCAAUCUUAUUAGCUGAUGAUCAUGGUGUCAGAACCCCUUACUUGGAAAAUUUAUACUCAAUGAUGUGUCAAUUAAUUAAAAUUAAUCAUAAAUCCCUGAAUUCAAUUUUUUUCCAAAGAAAAGAUGAUUCGUUUAAUAAUGAUUAUAAUGCCAAAUUUAAUCAAUUGAACCUUUUAAGUAAUGACAUUUCUAAAAAAAUUAUGGAAAAUGAUAAAUUAGAUCAAUUCUUAAAAGAGAAAAAAAUUUUACAAAAACAAAUUUUGGAUGAUAUCUCUGCUAAUCAAGACGUUUUGAAAAAUUUAAAUUCAAACGUUUCAAAUCAAGAAUCAAACAUAAAUUUCUUACAGCAAAAAUUAAAUGAUUUAGAUCUUAAUUAUCAAAAUAAAGAGAAAAGCUUACAAUCUUUGAAAGAAACUUCAAAAGAAAAAGAAGUUCAAUCUUCAAAAGAAAUUCAAAAUACUGGCCCCAAUAUGCCAGGUGGUUUACCUCCUUCAAAUCCUCCUUCGGCUUCUCGUCCAAGAGAUUCAGUAUUACCAAGUGACAAUUUAGAAGAUUUGGCUGAUAUUGCCUUAUAUGGUGCUCAAUUAAACGGUGAACAACCUCAACAACCAAAACAUAUCCAAGAAAAAGAAUUGGAAUUACAAAAGAGAGAACAAGCUUUGCUUAAUAAAGAAUUACAACUCGAAAACCCUCCAAUUCCAAAUUACCGUCAAGGUAGCCAAGGAAGUGAUUCAAGCUAUCAUAGCUUUGACCAAAAUUAUAAUAAUUAUCAAAAUCAAAAUUUUGGUCAGCCUAUAAAUCAAUCUAUGAACAAUAUGAAUCCUAUGAAUAAUAUGAAUCAAAAUUAUAAUCAAAAUAUGAAUUAUAACCAAAAUAUGAAUUACAAUCAAAUGAAUGGUCAAGCAAAUGGAAUGAACGGUGUAAAUGGUGCAAAUGGCUCAAUGAAUGGCCAGUUGAAUGGCUCAAUGAACGGCUCGAUAAAUGGCCAGAUGAAUGGUCAAAUGACUGGUCAAAGCAUGCAAAGCUUACCACAUGGUUUGAGAAAACAAUCUUCAAAUAGUAACUUGCCCCACGCUCAAUAUCAAGGCUUUUCCCAACAAGGUUAUCCCCAAGGAUUUCCUCCUCAAGGAUUCCCAGGUCCUCAAAAUCAAGGCUUCCCUCCAGGUCUAGGUCAAGGCUUCCCUCCAGGUCAAGGCUUUCCUCCAGGUCAAGGCUUCCCUCCAGGUCAAGGCUUUCCUCAAGGGCCUCCUCUGAGACAGAGAGUAAGCUCCGUUCCUUCAUCUAAUAACUCCUACUUUGAUUCGAACCCACAACACAAUAAUUAUCCUCAGUACAAUAAUGGACCACCAAUCACUUCCAAGAAGUCAUACCGUAAUUACCCCCAAAUGGAUGAUACCUCAUUACGUAUUGAUUACGGUGGAAGAGGUGGUAUGCCAGUUACUUCAAUGUCUUCUGCAAAUAAUCCAAAUCCAAAAUCAAAGCAUAAAUCAAUGCUACCUUUGGGUUCAGGAGGAUUGAAUGGCAAUGUGCCUGGGGUCAAUAACGCUCCUCCUACUUUAAAUCAAAGAAAAUCAAUGAACGGUGUGGCUCUUUUGAAUCAAGCUGCGUCAACUAAUCCUCUGUCUCGUCAUUCUCCAGUUAAUCACCAUGCUCAACCUCAACAAAUGCAGCCUCCUCAACAGCUGCAGCCUCAACCACAACCUCAACCACAACCUCAACCACAACAACUGCAGCCUCCUCAACAACUGCAGCCUCCUCAACAAUACCUUCAACCUCCAAAUUUGAAUGGCUCAAACGCUUCCACCAACUCAUCAAACAACUCAACUAACACAGGAAGCUCUCCUAAAACUAAUGAAUCCCCAGAUAUUUCAAACAAUAGUAUUAGAAUAGACGUCCCAAUAGGUGAUGCAAAGCCUUUGGGUUCAGUUUCUGAUUCAAAUAAAAAUAGCCAAGCAAAUUCUAAAAAGAAAAAGGGUUUAUUCGGUAGAAAACAUUAAUCCUUCUCUAUAAUUGUUUCUCUGUCUAUAGUCUAUAGUCUUUCCUAUGUCAUUCUUGUAUUUUUAUAUAUUUAAUUACUAAAACAUCCG